GCAUGACAUUUCUCUUCACUGUGGAUCGACAUCCCAACUCAACGCAACCCAAUUUUGGGUUUCUCCUCAAAGCCAGCUGGUCUGGCUUGAAUUUCUGUGACUUUUGCUCGUUUUUCGCACUUUUGCGUCUUUUUCUUUUCUUUUUUUAUCAAGACUGACCCGCAGCAGGUGCUGAAGGGUUCACCUUCCUGGAGAAGAAAGCUAGGACCGGUGCCGAACGGCCUGAAAGCCUCAGACACUCAUUUGAUGGAGAUGAAACAGCACUGAAGAAACUGUAAAGUUGACACAGAAGGUUUAGAGCAAGUGAUUGGAACGAAUGCCAGAGUCUCUGAAAUAAGAGGAACGAGCACUGCAUUGAGGAUCAGAGAGAGAGAGAGAGAGAGAGAGAGAGAGAGAGGAAGGAGUCGAGUAUACCAUACUAUUGAAAUAGGAAGGAAAACCAGACCGAUAAAAUGGGGAGAAAAAAGAUUCAGAUCGCGAGGAUAAUGGAUGAACGCAACAGACAGGUUACGUUCACCAAGAGAAAGUUUGGACUGAUGAAGAAGGCGUACGAGCUGAGCGUUCUGUGCGACUGUGAGAUCGCUCUCAUCAUUUUCAACAGCACUAAUAAACUCUUCCAGUACGCCAGCACUGAUAUGGACAAAGUUCUGCUGAAAUACACCGAGUACAACGAGCCCCACGAGAGUCGGACCAAUUCUGAUAUUGUGGAGACGCUGAGGAAAAAAGGUCUCAACGGCUGUGAUAGUCCUGACAUCGAUGCUGAAGAUUCAGGCCACAGUCCAGAAUCUGAGGACAAAUAUCGCAAAAUCAACGAAGACAUUGACCUGAUGAUCAGCAGACAGAGACUGUGUGCGAUCCCCCCCUCUAGUUACGACAUGCCCGUCUCAAUCCCUGGAAGCAACCCCAACAGUCUGAUCUACAAUCACCCCGGAGCGUCUCUGGGUAACCCCAACAUGCUGCCUCUGGCCCACCCAUCCCUUCAGAGGAACAGCAUGUCUCCUGGAUUGAGCCACCGGCCCCCGAGUGCAGGUGGCCUCAUGGGUCCAGAUCUCGGAGGUGGAGUGGGCAGCAGUGCUGGGAACGGUUACGGAAACCACCGCAGCUCCCCCGGUCUGCUGGUCUCUCCGGGAAACAUGACGAAAACCAUGCAGGCAAAAUCUCCUCCACCCAUGAACAUGAACAACCGCAAACCCGACCUGCGCGUCCUCAUCCCGCCCGGAUCCAAGAACACCAUGCCCUCCAUCUCAGAGGAUGUGGAUAUGUUACUGAACCAGAGAAUAAACAACUCCCAGUCUGCCCAAUCCUUGAGCACCCCAGUGGUGUCUGUGGCCACGCCCACACUGCCAGGACAGGGGAUGGGCGGAUACCCAUCAGCCAUCUCUACCUCAUACGGUACAGAAUAUUCUCUCAGCAGUGGUGAUCUGUCCUGUCUGACGGCUUUCAACAGUUCAGCUUCUCUUCAUCUGGGUUCAAUGACCGGCUGGCCACAGAACAUUCAACACUCUGGUCUCGGACAUUUAGGGAACUGCACCGGCGCACAGUUAUGUCAAAGCUCCACCCUCUCCCUGCCGUCCAAUCAGAGCCUGCACAUCAAGUCGGAACCCGUUUCUCCUCCCAGAGACCGGGCGGGGGGAACCCCGGUGGGCAUGUACCAGUCUCAGCAGCAGCAACAGUCUCAGGCGGGUCACCUGCGGCAGGACGCCGGCCGCUCACCCGUCGACAGCCUCAGCAGCUGCGGCAGCUCGUACGAGGGCAGCGAUCGCGAGGAGCACCGCGCCGACUUCCACUCGCCCAUGGGACUGCUGAGAUCCGCUCAGGACGAGCGGCAGAGCCCGUCCGUCAAACGCAUGCGUCUGUCCGAGAGCUGGGCCUCGUGAUCGCUCGGGGAGAGCUUUUCACUUUAGUAUUAUAUUUGUUUCUGCAGCGUGUGAGUGCUACAAUAAGUAUUAAAACAAGAUAUGUAUAAGAUAAACGGGGAGGGGGGGCGUGUUUGUGAUUUGGGGUUGGGGGCAUGGGGACAUGCAUCGCUUGUGCCACGUGUGGGGAAACCAAAAAAAAGAAACAUUAUAUAUUUACAGUAUAUAUACAUGCAGUUUUACAUACGGACGUGUGUAUGUUUGUAUGUAUGUAUGUAUACGAGCGUACAGGAUAAAGAAGAGAAGUCUGGUACUCUUAUUUGGUAAAGCUACUUUUUAGUUCAGUAAUAUAUAUAAUGCAUAAUUAAACUAUUAAAAGAUGCAUUGCAUGCGUCUCUGGUUGUAAUAUUCCCCCUUAGGAAUCGCGGGGCCUUUACGUUCACGACGGAUGCACACUAACUCGCAAAUGUAUGUUAUCACAGACGCUGUUGUGUUGCAGGUUCAACGUAUUUAUGUAAAUAGAGGACGAUGAGGCUUUUGGGUAAAUAAGCUGCCAGGAUUUGCAGAUUUCUUUACCGUUAAUGGAGCGAGAGAGAGUCAUCACACAUCAGGGGCCCGGGGCUGAGGAGAAACACGGAACAUUUACAGGAAAAAUUCAAUCUGGAAUUGUUGUGAAUGAUCACUAGACGAGACGUCUGAUGUCUGUGCUUUUGAGCCGUGUUAACAACUUUCAAGUUCUCUGGGUCUUGUAUUGCCUAUCCCCGGUGGAAAAGAUAUGUACAAUACAUUUUGCUUAUAUUUUCAUAAAAAACAAUGCAGAGCAUUUGUUGCUACCUGUUGACCACGAGUCAUAAUGUGAUUUCAAGCUUUGCCGAUGUUGAACAGAGAGGUAAAGCCGUGUGAGAGCUCCAAUAAUAAAGCCAUAUCAACAGUU